AGUGAAUUUUGCUCAGAUGGCCCUACGUGAGAGUAGUCGAAGAGAAAGCACGAGCAAGAUGGGGCCUUGUGCGGCUGAGCCCGUCGCCCCGGGAGAGGAGCAGGUGGUCUUUUCACGCACGGCUGGAGUCGUGGCGAGCAAGGUCAGCUACAUGGACGUCCUCGACCCUGCGAACGACUGGCAAGUGCUGGAGAACCCGCACGAGAACGACGCCGCUCCCCUCACCUGCCAGUUCAACCGCCGCGGGACCCACUUCGCUGUGGGUGAUGAGGCCGGUCGAGUCGACCUCUGGAGCUUUGUGCCGAUACGGAUGUACGUCAAGUCGCUCGAACUUAGCCACGACCUUCUCGACAAGAUAUUCCCGCCAGCGACCCUGUCCGCCGACAGCGCCGUUACCACCCCCGCCGCCGCCGUCGCCUCCGAGAAGUCAGGAGCGAGGGCGGCGGCCAAAGACAGGGAGGACGUGGACCACGGGUGGUCUACGACGAGCGUCGGUUGGUCAAGAUGCUCGCGAUACAUGGUAGCGGCGUACGUCCAGAAGAGGAAGACUUGGCCAGACGGGGAGGAAGUGCUCUUGCCGGGCCUGGUCUUGCUGUGGGACAUUGUGGAGGAAGAGGUGGAGGGAUGCCUGCGACUGCCUUCCCGCAUCGUGCACGCCUCCCUCUCGCCGUCCAACCCUCGCUGUGGAAGCGUAUGCUGCGCCGACGGGAGUUCUUUUCUCGCCGAUUUUCCUUCUGCAGCCACUACAGCAAAUGCGACGGCCACAGCCCUCGCCACGGCUACAAACUGCGGCACCCAGGACGACGCUGCCACGCCAGUCCAAACCCCGGGGGUGGGGUCGUCCUUUGGAGAGGGUGAAGGGGAAGAGCAACAGCAGCAGCAGCAGCAGCAGGAUCAGAAGCCACAGGAGGUGGACGAAGAUGACUGUACCAGCGAUGCGAGAGCGAAGUCGCCGGGAGCGGAGGGGACGACGAUUUCAGAAGGGACUGGAGGUGUGUCCCGGGCAUACGGCCGCGCUGCCGUUACUGUCGCUGGAAACGGCGAAAUGGACGAUGCUGACGAUGGUGCCAUGGACGUUGAGGACGAAAAAGAAGCUAGGGGUGAAAGCGAAGCUCGCACCAACGUUAGCAGCAACAACACUGGCAGCACAGGCAGUUGUUAUGCCGAAGACACUAAGAGUUCCAGCGGUUGUGCGGCGGAGGUAGAAGCGGUGUCAUCAGCGGAGACGGGUACGGGUGCCGGGGUGGGAGGAGGAGCGCCGGCUGAUGGGCAUGUGUCGGUCGGGCACAACAGGGGCAACACCGUCGGCAGAGUGGGUGUCGCGAAACUCCGCAAGAUUUGGGACCCUGCUGUCCAACGGGUGGAGGAGCUAUUCUCGGCCACCACCACAGCGAUCACAGCUGCUGCUUCCAUCGUCUGCGAACGCAGCGCUACCAGCGGCAGCGGCAGCAUCAGCGGCGAAUCUGUGGACGGCUCCAUAUCAAGCUCAAGCAAAGUAAUUUCCGGCAGCGACUCAAUGUCUAGAUCAGGCAGUAGCGUGCGGGGUGGCAAGGGAGAAGUAGAAACGGAUGCCGCGCGCAAAGAAGCCCACCUCUCGUCGUCAUCAUCACCGCCGCUGCCGUCGCCAUCAUAUGUUGGGGGCACUGCGUUCAGCAGUGUGUCUGGCGGUACAAGCAGCGGAAGCAGUGCAAAUAGAGCGGUGAACCGAGCGGCUAUUCAGGCUGGGAGGGUGGCUUGGUGCGACGACGGGGAGACGUUUUUUCUGCUCAAUCACGAAGGUGGGGCGUGGAGCCUGAAGUUGCUCGCUGUUGCUGUUGCUGCUCUCAAUGAUGUCGUUGUUGUUGGCAACCUGCUCAAGAUCAAGACCCAAUCCGACGGUUCACUGUCGCUGCUUGCUAGGGCAGAUCCGCAAGGGGGCGCUUCUCCCGCCACCCUGCAGCUCGCGCCCGAUGGAGACAAGGUGCUCAUCGCUACGGCCACGAGAGGCUUGUGCCUGGUGCCCACGGAGGACCUGGACCUCGUGAAGGCAGAGCCGUUCGGAGAAAACUUGGGGCCACGGGGGGCCAAAGCCCGUUACUGGGGAGCGGCGACUUUGGGCGUUAUCCACGGCAGAGGACACGACGGCAGUCGGAAGCGACGCCUGACCAUCGUUGGCAAUCCCUCAAGGACCCGAGACGACAAAACAGAUCUCUUCUUCUUCGGUCUGGGAGGGGGGCAGCCCGAGCGCAUAGACACGCCCCGCCGAGAGGGGGUCCUCGCCCUAGCGUGUUCCCCAUGGCGCCCCUUGCUGAUGUUUCUGUGCCCUACAGGCGAGGUCUACUUCAAGGAAGAGGUGCUCAAAACAGAUUUCCCCGGUCCCUGGUACCCGUCCGGCUACGUCCUCAUCGACAACAACGUGGAUUAUCUCGAAGCAGAAGACGAGCUGGACACAGUGGUGAUGACUGGUCCGGGGGGCGAGGUGUUGAGCAAGACCCAGGCGCACGAGGUAGUGGUGCCCUGGCAGCACGAGGCUGUCGCCCAAGAGGACUCGUCGUUGGGAGAAAAGGAGGAACCGGUAGACGUGGAGGGCGGCGAGGACACGGAACUGUGGGCGGACACCCAACCUGGCGAGCUACGGUGGAUACCAGAAAGGGAAGACUCCUGGCCGUCCGAAGGCGGGAGCGAGGAUGGAUCGGGCGGACCUAGGAGUUCUCCGAGGGGAGGAGGGCAAGAGAGCUUUGCGGGGCCCCUGGCGCGUCUGCUGGGCGCCACGCCGGCGUUGCUCAAGGAAGCGCGCAAGAGGUUUGGGUCUUCUGGCAUGUCGGAGAACGAUUUGGGGGAGAAGCGCAGGAAAUUGGUUCCCAAGAUGAUGGAGGAUCUCGCCAUCAAGAAGAAAAAGAACGACGAGGAGGCGAUCAAGCGCAAGCGGAAGCUGGAGGAGGCAAGGGCGAAGGCGAGGCGCAACCGCGAGAGGAAGGCCGCCGCAGAGGUCGAGAAGGCGGCCGAAAGGGCGAAGGAGGCGGAGAUGAGAGCGGCGGCUGCGAGAGCCGCAGCUGAGGAAGAGGCUGCACGAAAUGGGGCAAGCCGGUUUUGGACUCUGACUCGUGUGGAUAUUUUGAGCGUGGAAAGUGAUAAGCGCCGCACGGACACAGCCGAGGCAGCAGAAAAUGUCCGGCAUCCCAUGGUAGGCGUCCAAGCGCCCUUGCCUACGAGCGGGAAUAUGAAGGGGAGGGGUGCGGCGGGUGGCGGGGCGAUCGGGGGUACUCGCGAUCCUUUCGAUGGCGGUGUCAGAGGCGACGACGGUUCGAUUGCUGCUGCUGCUGCUGUGCCCCUCUUCACUGACACUGGCGCGGACGCAGAUGUUCACACGCUCAUGCCUCCCCCCGACGACUGCCCCCCGUCAACCGACCGCAGCAACGGCUGUGGUGGUGGCUCUGUGGGUGGAGCGGCGGCGGAUGCAGCAGCGUGGCUAGCUGCCAACGCUCCUGGUGACGGGGCGGGCCAAGUCGCGUCAUCCACCCUCGUACCUGCGACGUCGUCAUGGGGGUCCCGUGGGCUGGUGCCGGAAGGCGCUAGGGCUGCCGCGAGCGCUGGAGUGAUUUCAGGCGAGAUCAUGCCGGUGCCACCAGCUGUGCUUGGCAGCGCGAGCAGUAGUGUUGUUGGUGCUGGCUGGCGCCGGUACGCUGAGGAGCGUGACGGAUCGGCACGCUCAGAGGGCCGCGGAGGAGGUGCCGGUAGGGAUUAUCUGCAGCGUCAGGAUUCGAGCUCUGUCGGUGGGUCUCGGUCGCUUUUUCAUGGAGCUGAGGACCGAGGUGAGCAGGUGCGCGGAGGGAAUGUGUCUACGGAUCCCAGUUAUCUCGGAACUGCCGGACAAGUCACAACGGGUGGCGGUGGAUCACGGACACUUCCAUCGGCUUCCACGAUGACUGUGGUUUCUUCGGAAAGCGGCGAUCGUCCGACACCCGUGUUGAGAGGAGACGGAAGGGUUCAGCCGCCAUCGUCGUCAUCACUGCCAUCACAUAUUCCUUCUUGGACUCCUUCGCCGCCUUCACGAACUGAACAGCAACAGCAGCAGCACGCCUUUCACGGGUUUUCCAUGUUGGCGGAGGCGGUGGCACAGGGUCGUCUUGGUUCACCCACAGGUGAUCAUCCGACCAACACUGUCGCAGGACGGCAGGAUGACACAGAGUCGCGCUAGUUAGUAGUGGAGAGAGACUCGAGGUGUAUAUCGGCUUUACUCACCAUGUCUCGGAAAUAGAAAUAGAGUACACCGCAAGACCGAGCCCUCGUCUUCUGUUGCAAGGUGCAGCGUGGCCAGCCCAUGGUUGCAUCCACGCCGGCGGUAGUACGAAUAACUGUACAGGAGCAUCCUUUGAGUUUGACCGGCGACUCCUUGUUGACCCUAGCGGGAGAGAGCUGCUGAUGCCGUCAAGGUUGAAGUACACCCGAUAUCUUUGAGAGAUUUCGGUGCGCGUCUUUUGGGUCUGACAGCCUAAUUACUGAGAAUGAAGACGGGGGGAAAGAUUUCACCUAGUCAGCUUCUUUGCUCUCACGAAGCACCUUGGGGUCACGGGGGCGGGAUCGUACCUAUAGAAAUGGCCUAGGAGUGUGAAUAAUAGGUUUCAGGGGUGGGGGUAGUAGCGCCUGUGAGAGGGGAGAUCGGACGAUGAGGGUGGCAGUCGCGGCACCGGCGAAUCUCGCUACUCGGCCCAUCCUCUUGCACGGUAGGGUACACGCAUUACCGUCGCCGGAGCUGGGUUUGGGAUUUUGCGUACUGAGACCAAAAGGGGUCUACAGUGUAUACUUGAUGCUUUUCUUAAUUAGACAACACAAACGAUGUCUAUCCAGGGUCAGGGGUUUGAAUCC